UUUCCAAAUGCGGACCGGUCUACUUCCGUUCCGGACGUAAGCACAAAUUCGGAUGCUGGCCAGCCCAACGACCUGCUGAUGACUGCAUCGUUGACCGAGCAGGAGGCAACGAGUAACGCCCGAACCGGAGCAGGCUCACCGCAUACUCCCGGCUUGGGACGGGAGAAUCUGCGCAGCAAGAAGAGUGUCAGUUUUAGCGGCAACAUGCAUGCUUUCGGUCCACUGGGGCCUGUGCCCUACACGGUCACAGCCAGCCCGACAAGAACCGUCACGUCUCUGCGUUAUCAUUCUCCCGAUGCCAGAGUUAUACCUCGACACUGGGGACUGUACGGAGGGGAUCCUCCACCUCUUGCUGAAUUCAAGCCCUUUGACAUGGCCGAGCAGAAUGACGUUUCUAGCAGCACUCGCCCCUCAGACGUGGACAUACGUUAUCAUGCUAUGGUCAUGGACGUAAUCAGGGCGGUGCAAGAGACUGUGGCCUACUUCUGCCAGCCCGUAGCCACAUCAUGCGCCUCCGACGCGACACUGGCUUCCUCGACUGGAGGCAACCGUAGGGCCUCCUCCUCGCUCUCCAGCCAAGGCCGCAGUGGCCUCCUCGCCGUGAUCUUUCCCCUGAUGACCCUCCUUUCCGACGGCCUCCUUCCACCCACUAAACCUCUCUUCACAAAACCCCUGCGAACCCGUAUAUGGCUAUUAGUGGAGGAGAGUUGUAAACAAUCUGCCUAUCUAACUGGGGUCGCCUAUCAUAUUCUGAACAACGCCCUGUCCCAGGUGAAGGCUCUGCCUGGUGCGCCAUCCGAGAAGGCGCGGUUCAAGGCCUUCGUGUGCGUUUGUCUUAAGUAA